UCAUAUUGCAUAGAUUCUGCGUACUGCAAACUGCUUUUUAAUAAUAAUAAUAAUAAACUUUAGAUUUACUAUAACUAGUAUGGAUCAUAUUCCAUUUUAAACAACCUGUUCCGCGCAGAAAUCCAUCUUUACGGAAGUAACGAGUUAACUUUUAUUUUGACAACCCGUUAGUGAGUGUGGUUUUUAGCGUUACCCGCUUCACUGCGCCGUUAACGUUAGUGACAGUGCCAUGGCAACGGCGACGUGAGCGCACGCGAUAAGAUGCUGGCGCUCGUGAAGCACCGGUAACGCUUGCAGAACUUCACUCGUGGGUCUCCAGGAAAGAGCAGCGAGAUGUCCCUGUUUAAGGCGCGGGAGUGGUGGUCGGCCGUGCUGGGCGAGGGGGAGGAGUUCGACCAGGGCUGCCUUUGCCUCGGAGAUGUGGACAACAGCGGAAGUGGCUACGAUAAGGUGGUGGUGGGCAGCUACAUGGGAAUGCUGCGGAUUUUCGCCCCCCACGCCACCAGGCCGGCCGAGCAGAUCGGAGUGGACGCCCAGCUGCUGGAGGUCCACCUGCGAGACCCCAUCAUCCAGGUGGAAGUGGGCAAGUUUGUCUCGUGCUCAGAGCUGCUUCACUUGGCAGUGCUGCAUCCCAGAAAGCUGUCCAUCUAUGCCGUCUCAGGUACUGCUGGGAACGUGGAACACGGGGAUCAGUACCAGCUCCGACUGGUUUACGAGCACAACCUGCAGAGGACGGCCUGCAACAUGACCUACGGCCCGUUCGGAGGGGUCACCGGACAUCACUUCAUUUGCAUCCAGUCCAUGGACGGCAUGCUGAUGUUCUUCGAGCAAGAGAGCUAUGCGUUCGGACGCUUCCUGCCCGGAUUUUUACUCCCAGGCCCGCUGUGUUACUGCGCCCGAACCGACGCCUUCAUCACCGUCUCCUCGUCCCGCCAGGUGGAGUGCUACAGGUACGAGACGCUAGCGGUCGCCACGGACGCAGACACCAGACAGAACUCUGAACAGCAAAGCAAGAGCUCUGGGAAGAGGCUUACGACUGAGUGGACACUAGUGUUAGGAGAGCAGGCGCUGGAUAUCUACGUCCCCUGCAUCUCUCCGUCAGCCUCCUCCGUCUUCGUACUUGGGGAAAGGAACCUGUUCUGUCUCCGGGACAACGGCCAAAUCCGUUUCAUGAAGAAACUCGAGUACAACCCCAGCUGCUUCCUUCCCUACGCCUCAGUUUCCGAGGGUACAACCAACGUCCUGCUGGCCAACCACAACAACAUGCUGCUGGUGUAUCAGGACACAACGCUGAAGUGGGCGGCUCAGCUCGCCUGCGUGCCCGUGGCCGUGCGCGUCGCAAAUUUCCCGGAUCUCAAGGGCCUGGUGGUGACCCUGAGCUCUGAAGGUCAUCUGCAGUGCUCGUAUAUGGGCACGGAUCCCUCCUUCUUCACCGCACCAAAGGUGGACUCCCGGGAGGUCAACUACGACGAGGUGGACGCCGAGAUGAAGGCUCUCCAGAAGGUCAUCCGUGAAACCACCAGGAACCAGGACGUCAUCCCCAAAGCUGAAGCAGAGGAUGACCUGACAGUGACUGCUAUUGUCUCCACCAACCUGGACGAUGUCUCGCAAGCCCUUAUCCUGGAGAUAAACGGCAUUGCUGUCCCUUCUGUUACAGUCAAGAUUAAAGUGAGCAGCCGCUUUGCCGUCCAGAGCGCGAAGAUGAGUGUGUGUGUUCAGCCACCUCUGGCUGUCACUCAGGACCAGUUCGCAUUAGACUCCUUGGGGAGCGGCUCUCAGGUAGUCGUGGCGUUCUCAGCUUUUCUGAACGGCCACUACACACCAGCUGACCUGACAGGAGACGUGGCCGUGUCCUACAGUUCACCCACGGAGCUGAACCCUGCAGGAGUUCCACGAGUAGCCCAGUGCAAGUUCGUGCUGCCUCUCUGCCUGGUUUGCUGCCCCACCACUGCCUCCAAGAACGCCAAGUACAAGAUCACCGUGGACACCAACAAACCUCCCAUCAACCUCAGCGAAGCCUUCCCAGAAUUUUCAGGGAAGCCCGAGGAUAAGGAGGGUAGCGCCCUGGCUUUCCAGUUUAUCGCUGGCUCUCGGGUCACCGUCCUGGCCUCCAAAACAUCCCAGCGUUACAGGAUCCAGAGCGAAAGCUUUGAGGAUAUCUGGCUGGUUGCCAAGGAAUUAGUGCAACGUUUCGAGCGGCAUUUUGCCAAGCUCGGAGUCAAAGAUUUCCGCAACAGCUUUUCCGGCCCGAUCCCACUAGCCGAAUACUUCGAGACUGUGGACCACCACUUUGAGCUCCGAGUGAACACACAGAAGUAUCAGGACCUGCUUUCAGAGCGAGCCGUCCAGUUCAGAGCCAUCCAACGCCGACUGCUCACACGCUUUAAAGACAAGACCCCGGCCCCGUUACAGAACCUUGAUACACUCAUGGAGGGCACUUACCGUCAGGUGAUAGCGUUGGCGGAUGCAGCGGAGGAGAACCGAGCGUGUUUGGUACAGGCCUUCUCCAAGUUACGCAGCGCUACGCACCUGCUCAUCCUUCUGGUCUCUCUUUGGCAGGGACUCGGCAUCGAUCAAACCGCUAUACUAGAGGCGACGCUACUGCCACUGCUACAGGAUACACCACAACUGGGCUGGGAGGAGAGCGUGGACGCAGCUGUGUCUCAUCUCUUGAGAACGUGUCUGUCGAGAAGUCCUAAGGACCAGGCCAUUAGUUUGAGCACAGCCCAGCUGAGCAUGCCCAAAGAUACCUCACGCCUCAAGAAACACAUCACGCUGCUCUGCGAUCGCAUCGGCAAGGGAGGCCGCCUGUCUCUUUCGUCUGAAGCGAACGCUCCGACACCUGUUAUGAUGCCAGCAUGCUGCGAGGCCAUCCCUGAGUCGAUCACCGAGGAGGAGGAAGAUCCAGCCUUGCAGCAGGAGGCCACUGAGAAGAUCAUGAAGAAGAAGCAGCCCUCAAAGAAAGUGAAAAGCAAAACAGGUUCAUCAAAAGAAAAGAAAGCGAAGGAUCCAGAGAAAGAGUUAAAAGAGAUCAAGAAGGACUCAAAAGAGUCAACCAAGGAGAAAGAGUCGAAGAAGGAGUCAAAGGAAUCGUUGAAAGAGUCGAAAAAAGAAUCGAACAGGGAGAACAACUCUGCGCUCGAGCCUGAGAAAGAGAAAGUAAAGGUGUCCAAAAAGCCCUCGGUCAAGGCCAAAGAGAAGAAGAAAGAAGUCGGGGACGGCUGACCUGAUGCAACACACACACACACACACACACACACACACACACACACACACACACACACACGAACAUAUAUAUAUAUACACACACACACACAUGCACGUGCACACACACACACCAUCUCAUUAGGUGGCUUUUCCCAUUCCCUGCACUGAACCUCAUAUAGGCAGCAUGUAAGUACAGGCUGAGCGUCGCUGUCGCUAUUUGUUAGCACUUGUUUUCCAGCGAGACCACAGCAUCUGUCGUCUGUUUCAUCAUCAGCGCAGUGCCAGAGACGAGAGAGCGUUACGCCGUGAAGCUUCCUCUCCAUCCAGGAAACGGGAGCAAGUGGGAAACUUUGGGCUCAGUUUAUUUUAGAGACAGUGAUCAGGGAAUGCAGGCAGAAAGCCACAGUGCUAACCAAGCCACCCACGCAGGGCCAGUGUGACGUCUAACUCUAACCUCUCUCCCUCUCUCUCUCUCUCGGACUCUCUCGCCCCCUCACGGGCAACACGCCCUACCAAGCCACCUCCCCAUCUCUAAAAAUAACCCGUGUCGAGCCACAGAUGGGUCCACUGAGGCCAUCUCUCCCUCUCUCUCUCUCUCUCUCUCUUUCUUUUUCUGUCUGUCUGUCCCACCACAUACUGUACCACCUCCCAACAUACACAUGUAUUUUAUAUCUCUCCCACUCUCUCUGGCAAUGUCUCUGUCAAACACACUCACACACACUCACUCACACACACACACACACACACACACACACACACACACACACUCUCACUCUCUUGCAGCAGAUGUGUAUUGCUCUAUCCAGACUGUAGACAUUGUAGUCAGCAUAUUUGCUACAGCAAACUAAGCAGUGACAAUCCCACACCUAGGACCGGCAGGUUUCAUGCGUCUGCCUGUUUUUUUUUCUUCUGUAACAUGAAGUCAAGUGUGAUUUCAGCUCGAGGGUGUGACAUUAGGUUUUCUGGAUACCUGGGUAAGUUCCGUUCUGGUGACGUGACAUAAAACAAUUAAGUCAGUGUUUAGUAAGAGAGUUCCUAUUAGGGCCUGACUGAUGCAGAGAUUAAGGAUACUCUAGGGGGUAUGGGGGUGUAAACUUUUGAACAGGAUGAUCAGUGUAAAUUAUUAUUUUGUCAGUUUUUUUUCUUCCCAUUUAGUACUGCCCUUCAGAAAGCUACAUAAGAUACUUACAUGUUUCCCUAGAAGACAAAAUAAUAAUAAUAAUAAUUUUGUUUUAGUUUAUUUUGAAGUUUAUUUAACAUUUUUGGAAGGAGUCUCCAGUGUCAGCACUUACAACAGUCCACAGUACAGCUGUAACUUUAUUUUCCACCACGUAAAGUCUUCAGGAUGGCGGACUGUCUGGUUUCUCAGUAACAUGGCAAGCUGCAUUAUUUAAAAAAAAAAAAAAAAAAAAUUAUUUCUUUUUUCUUUUUGGUCUUAUUAACUUCAAGAGAAAACAUGGUUCUGGUGAGAGAACAACUCUUUAUAGCUGCUAUAAGGUAAGCCAUAAUAGGAACGUGUAUCAUAGACGUUCCACAACAUUUGAAUUUAACUAUAACUAUAAUAAAACGUACGAUGUGUCAUUCUUUAAUAAAUGGAACAUUUCAAGUAUUGGCAAAUCGCUGUGAUAGAAGAGGAAUACAACUCUUCAGGAUGUGCUGUUAUUGGAAAAUGAUCAAAGUUCAGGGUGGUAACAGUAACUCCAUGUUUUAUGAUUAGUUUUCCUAUAACAGCACAAACUCCCAAGCAAUUUUAAAUCAAUAACAUGAGCUGACAGCGCUGUGAGUGCUUUGCUGUCUUUAGUGGGUGUGGCUAUUGAAAGGAACACUAAAUGCAGGCAUGUAUGUAUACCUGCAUUUAGUGU